AUUGGAUGGUGAGAUGCCCACGACAACAACAGGGCGGACUUACCCUUCAAUUUCAAUGUUUCGGUUUUGGCAUCUCAGCAUUUGAUCGGACUGCAAACUGGACUGAAUUAAAAUUUGCUCUCUCAACGGUACAGUUACACCUUACCCGCCAGUACCCGCAGAAACGAUCACCUGGUAGCAUCCCCACCUCCAAUCCUCCGAAACCCUAGCUAUCUAAUCUCCUGCGAAAACGCCCAUUUCGACCACGGACAAUCAUCCACUCAGCUUCGUUUAAUGAAUUCAGAACCGAUGAUCCGCUGAGAUCCCAUGGCGACCAAAUUGCGGUGCAUCCUUGAUUGUUUCAGUGAUUGCAGUGGCUGUAACAAGCACAAAGGUAAUCAGAAAAAGAUUCACAGAACAUCAUUGAGAAUAAUCAUUGUGCUCAACAUAGUCUGAAGGAUAAACUUUGUCCUGCCAUGCCGCCUCAAGGGGUUUGCUUGCAUAUUCAGGAUCACCAUGUGAUUGUGGAUAAUGGGAUAGUACAAGUUACAUUAUCUAAACCUGGGGGUAUUGUCACUGGAAUUCGAUAUGAUGGCAUUGACAAUUUGCUUGAAAUUCAAAACAAAGAAACUAAUAGAGGGUACUGGGACCUUAACUGGAAUGAACCAGGAGGAAAGGGAAUAUUUGACGUGAUUUAUGGAACCUCCUUUAGAGUUAUAGUAGAAAAUGAGGAACAAGUUGAACUCUCAUUCUUGAGGACUUGGGAUCCCUCCCUGGAGGGCAAGUACAUUCCCCUAAAUAUAGAUAAAAGGUUUGUACUGCUCCGUGGUUCUUCAGGCUUCUACUCCUAUGCCAUUUAUGAGAAGUUAAAGGAAUGGCCUGGAUUUUCUAUUGGGCAAACCAGAAUUACUUUUAAGCUCAGAAAAGACAAGUUCCAAUACAUGGCUGUAGCAGAUAACAGACAAAGAAAGAUGCCCCUUCCUGAUGACCGAUUGACAGGAAGAUGCCAACCCUUGGCAUACCCAGAAGCAGUCCUACUCAUCAACCCCAUGGAUCCAGAGCUCACAGGCGAGGUGGAUGACAAGUACCAAUAUUCAUGUGAGAACAAAGAUCUUCGUGUCCAUGGGUGGAUAAGCUUUGAUCCCCCUGUGGGUUUCUGGCAAAUCACACCUAGUGAUGAGUUCCGAUCUGGUGGACCCCUCAAACAGAACCUAACCUCGCAUGUUGGCCCCACCACCUUGGCUAUGUUUCAUAGUGGACAUUACGCUGGAAAAUAUAUGACAUUGGAAUUUCAACCGGGAGAACCAUGGAAGAUGGUCUUUGGCCCUGUUUUUAUCUAUUUUAAUUCUUCUACAAAAGGAGAUGACCCCCUUUGGUUGUGGGAGGAUGCUAAAAUCCAGAUGAUGAAUGAAGUUCAGAGCUGGCCAUAUAGUUUCCCUGCUUCUGAGGAUUUCCAAAAAGCAGAACAACGGGGCAAUGUUAGUGGUAGACUACUAGUCCAAGAUAGGUAUAUUAGUGAUGACUGUAUAAUAGGCAGUGGUGCUUUUGUUGGGUUGGCUCCUCCAGGAAAUGCAGGAUCAUGGCAAACUGAAUGCAAGAACUACCAAUUCUGGACCAGAGCAGAUGAGAAUGGCUUUUUCUCCAUCAACAAUGUACGCACUGGUGAAUAUAAUCUUUAUGCAUGGGUUCCUGGCUUCAUUGGAGAUUAUCGAUAUGAAGCUGUCAUUACCAUAAGCUCAGGUUGCAACGUUGAAAUGGGCAAUCUCAUUUAUGAGCCUCCAAGAGAUGGCCCCACAUUGUGGGAAAUAGGCAUCCCUGAUCGCUCUGCUGCAGAGUUCUACAUUCCUGAUCCUGAUCCAAAGUAUAUUAAUAGACUUUUUGUCAAUCAUCCUGACAAAUUUAGGCAGUAUGGAUUGUGGGAUAGAUAUACAGAUUUGUAUCCUGACGAAGACUUGGUUUACACUGUUGGUUUUAGUGACUACAGCAAAGAUUGGUUCUUUGCUCAGCUUGUCAGGAAGAUUGGCGAAAAUACAUAUCAAGGAACUACAUGGCAAAUCAAGUUCAAACUUGAAAAUGUGGAUCAGAGUGGGACUUACAGACUGCGAGUGGCAAUUGCUUCUGCUACUCUAUCUGAAUUGCAGGUUCGGGUUAAUGAUCCAACAACAAAUCGUCCUCUGUUUACAACUGGACUGAUAGGGAGAGAUAAUGCAAUUGCAAGACAUGGAAUUCAUGGGCUCUACAUGCUGUACAGUGUGGACAUACCUGGUGCUCGGUUUGUUGAGGGGGAGAAUACCAUCUUCUUUAAACAACCAAGAUGCAAUGGCCCUUUCCAGGGAAUCAUGUAUGAUUAUAUUCGUUUAGAAGGUCCCCCAGCAUUUUGUUCAACUUAAUAAGACUUCAAAUCUGAAUAAGGUAUGUGUGUUUAUUUUUUUUGUUAGUUCCCCAUAAACAUCUACAGAUCUACUGUAUCUCCCUACCAUGUUAUGUGUAAAUAGCGAAGUGUCUGUUUCAAAAAAUUGAAUGUAAGUAAAUGUUUAUGUAUAUCAAUGGAAAUAUAUUAUUCAGUUAGCU